AUGGUGAAGCAGCCGGCCAAGUUCACUGUGGACACAAUCAGUGCUGGGCAAGGAGAUGUGAUGGUGUUUGUUGAGGACCCAGAAGGGAACAAAGAGGAGGCACAUGUGACCCCUGACAGCGACAAGAACAAGACAUACUCUGUGGAGUAUCUGCCCAAGGUCACCGGGCUGCACAAAGUCACAGUCCUCUUUGCAGGACAGCACAUCUCUAAGAGCCCAUUUGAAGUGAAUGUUGACAAGGCCCAGGGAGACGCCAGUAAAGUCACUGCGAAAGGCCCAGGGCUGGAAGCUGCAGGGAACAUUGCCAAUAAGCCCACCUACUUUGACAUCUACACUGCAGGAGCUGGUGUGGGUGACAUUGGUGUUGAGGUGGAAGAUCCCCAGGGGAAGAGCACCGUGGAAUUGCUUGUUGAAGACAAAGGAAACCAGGUGUAUCGAUGUGUGUAUAAACCAGUACAGCCUGGCCCCCACGUGGUCAGGGUCUCCUUUGCUGGGGACACCAUUCCCAAGAGUCCCUUUGUUGUGCAGGUUGGGGAAGCCUGCAGUCCAAAUGCCUGCCGGGCCAGUGGUCGAGGCCUGCAGCCCAAAGGCGUCCGGAUCCGGGAGACAGCGGACUUCAAGGUUGACACCAAAGCUGCUGGAAGUGGGGAGCUCAGCGUAACUGUGAAGGGUCCUAAGGGUCUGGAAGAGCUGGUGAAGCAGAAAGGCUUUCUGGAUGGGGUCUAUGCCUUCGAGUAUUACCCCAGCACCCCGGGGAAAUACAGCAUUGCCAUCACAUGGGGGGGACACCACAUUCCAAAGAGCCCCUUUGAAGUUCAAGUUGGCCCUGAAGCAGGCAUGCAGAAAGUCCGUGCUUGGGGCCCUGGCCUCCAUGGCGGAAUUGUCGGGCGGUCAGCAGACUUCGUGGUGGAGUCCAUUGGCUCUGAAGUGGGGUCUCUGGGGUUUGCCAUUGAAGGCCCCUCCCAGGCGAAGAUCGAGUAUGACGACCAGAAUGAUGGAUCAUGUGAUGUUAAAUACUGGCCCAAGGAGCCCGGCGAAUACGCCGUCCACAUCAUGUGUGACGAUGAAGACAUCAGGGACAGCCCAUACAUGGCCUUCAUCCACCCGGCUACAGGAGACUACAACCCAGAUCUGGUCCAAGCAUAUGGGCCAGGUUUGGAGAAAUCUGGGUGCAUUGUCAACAUCCCAGCCGAAUUCACCGUGGAUCCUAAGGAUGCUGGAAAAGCUCCCUUAAAGAUAUUUGCUCAGGAUGGGGAAGGUCAGCCCAUUGACAUCCAGAUGAAGAGCCGGAUGGAUGGCACGUACUCCUGCUCAUACACCCCAGUUAAAGCCAUCAAGCACACCAUUGCUGUGGUCUGGGGAGGUGUGAACAUCCCACACAGCCCCUACAGGGUCAACAUUGGGCAAGGUAGCCAUCCCCAGAAGGUCAAAGUGUUUGGUCCAGGUGUGGAGAGAAGUGGUCUGAAAGCAAAUGAGCCUACUCACUUCACAGUGGACUGUACCGAGGCUGGGGAAGGUGACGUCAGCGUUGGCAUUAAGUGUGAUGCCCGGGUGUUAAGUGAGGAUGAGGAAGAUGUGGAUUUUGACAUUAUUCACAACGCCAACGACACGUUUACAGUCAAAUAUGUGCCUCCUGCCGCCGGGCGAUACACUAUCAAAGUUCUCUUUGCAUCUCAG